AUGGACCCCUCUCCAUCGCUCCAUCUCUACUCGCUUCCAAAUGAGGUAUUCGUCCAAAUUCUAUCUCCUUUCUCCGCCCGCGAACUCCUCGGCUUGUCAACCGUCUCCCAUCGAUUCCACGCCCUCGUCCUGCGCCUCCUACACUACCGACUUUUAGUAUCAGCGUCUCUCAAGGAAUACAGACUCAUCCUGGAAUGUUUCCAUCCCACCUCCAAACUCACUGAGCCUCACGUCUUUUGCAAAUACCUUGGCACAGAUGGGCUAAGUGACAAAUACCAAGGGGAAGGGUCGCUCUACGAGAAUGUCGACACUGCGCAAAAGCUAGGCCGGCUAAGCUCAUUAUACUCGAGAUUCCAGCCCGUGAUGACAGCCGAGGAAAGCCCUAAUGGAGCUGGAUCGACUGCAGUCCCAGAAGUCAAUGAGGGGAUCCCAAAUGCGGAUGCGCGGGCUGUGAAACGUCCGGUCAACCUAGAAAGCUUUGAAGAUUUUUCUCAGCUAUGCGUGGUGGUAAAUGUGGUCAAAGUCAAACCAGGCAGUGCCCGUCUUCUGAGUGUUGUUGACGUCGAGGACGGUGUAAUUAGGAUAUUCCGAGACUGGCUGAAGGACAACGCAACCCCUGCACAGGGUUCUGCGCGUAAUAACCCUUUAGAGGAACGAAACGACCAACAACUCCUCUGGGUGAAUCAAAGCCAGAACGUCGGGUUGAAAUUACGCGUCCGAGAAGUAUCUAGACUGAAUCAAUCCUUUCCCAUUCUGGUCCACCGUGAUGAAGAGACUUUGGCUAGCUAUGAAAUAUAUAUAGACGAAUUACAUGUUCGUACCACUCGUCUACUGCUAACCUUGGAAAAGGCCCUGCAGGAUGAGCAGAAUUAUCCUAAAGCAGUUGUCUUUACUAGGCAGAUGGGGUGA